AUCCAAGAAGAUGAAGCUGCAAUGGUUCCUUCUGUUCUUGAUUUCAUUUGCAGAAGCACAGAGGGAGACUUACAUAAUUCACAUGGAUCGAACCGACAUGCCACGAGCCUUCGAUGAUCAUUUCCAGUGGUAUGAUUCUUCUUUGAAGUCGGUUUCUGAUUCAGCUCAAAUGCUUUAUUCCUACAAUACAGUGGUUCAUGGUUUCUCCACGAGAUUGACUGUGGAAGAAGCUAAGUUAAUAGAAAAGCAGGAAGGGAUUCUUGCUGUUAUACCUGAAGUGAAGUAUGAGCUCCAUACGACUCGGACGCCGGAGUUUCUUGGACUUGGGAAGAGUGUUUCGUUCUUCCCUGCAUCGGAGAAGGUUGGCGAAGUGAUUAUCGGAGUUCUCGACACUGGUGUAUGGCCUGAAUUGGAGAGCUUCAAUGAUGCAGGGCUUGGACCAGUGCCUCCGAGCUGGAAAGGGGAGUGUGAAGUGGGUAAGAACUUUAACUCGUCUAAUUGUAACAGGAAAUUGAUUGGAGCUAGAUACUUUUCGAGGGGCUACGAGGCAGCAUUUGGGGCGAUUGAUGAAUCCCAGGAGUCGAAAUCACCGAGGGACGACGAUGGUCAUGGAACUCAUACUUCAACGACUGCUGCUGGAUCCCCUGCAACCGGAGCUAGCCUCUUUGGGUUUGCUGCAGGGACUGCAAGAGGAAUGGCAGCAGAAGCUCGGGUUGCAACGUAUAAGGUAUGCUGGCUUGGAGGGUGUUUCGGUUCUGAUAUUUUAGCUGCAAUCGACAAGGCUGUUGAAGAUGGUGUCGAUGUUUUGUCUUUGUCGCUUGGUGGAUCAUCCCCUGAUUACUACAGAGACAAUGUUGCCAUUGGAGCCUUCUCUGCUGCGGCUCAGGGAGUUUUUGUGUCAUGUUCUGCUGGGAAUAGCGGCCCGUCAUCUGGUAGCUUGUCGAACGUUGCGCCAUGGAUAACCACAGUUGGCGCUGGGACUCUCGACAGAGACUUCCCGACAUACGUUACUCUUGGAAAUGGGAAGAAAUUCAUCGGGGAGUCGCUGUACAGUGGAAAGCCCUUGUCGGACUCUUUAAUACCAAUUGUAUAUGCAUCCGAAGCGAGUAAUUCAUCUAGUGGUAGCCUUUGCUUGACCAGUACUCUGAAUCCGGCGAAGGUGGCCGGAAAAAUAGUCGUCUGUGACAGAGGAGGGAACUCCCGCAUCCAGAAAGGGGUGGUGGUGAAAGACGCCGGUGGCGUCGGAAUGAUUCUAGCCAACACUGACACAUACGGAGAGGAACAAUUAGCCGAUGCACAUCUCCUGCCAACGGCGGCCGUUGGCCAAAAAGCCGGCGACGCAAUAAAGAACUACAUCUCCUCCAACGCGAAUCCAACAGCAACGAUCAGUAGCAGCACCACGAGAUUGGGAGUUAAACCGUCGCCGGUGGUGGCCGCAUUCAGUUCUCGAGGCCCUAAUUUCCUCACUCCACAGAUUCUCAAACCCGAUCUAAUAGCACCUGGAGUGAACAUUCUAGCCGGAUGGAUCGGUGGCGCCACUCCGGCCGGUUCAGACAGCGACAAGCCGCACGUGCCCUUCAACAUAAUCUCCGGCACAUCAAUGUCUUGCCCUCACAUCAGUGGAUUAGCUGCACUUCUGAAAGCUGCUCAUCCAGAUUGGAGCCCAGACGCUAUUAGAUCUGCCUUAAUGACCACAGCAUACUCAACAUACAAAAAUGGCGAAGCAAUUCAAGACGUAUCCAAGGGAUUACCGUCGACGCCGUUCGGUAUAGGAGCCGGACACGUGAAUCCAAUGGCUGCUCUCGAUCCCGGCCUUGUUUACGACACCACCACCAAUGACUACUUCGCCUUCCUUUGCGCCCUAAACUACACCUCACUUGCAAUCAAAGUAAUCACCAAGAAGGACUUCACCUGCAGUGGGAACAAGUACAGAUUGGAGGAUCUGAACUACCCAUCUUUUGCAGUUCCAUUGGAGACCCCUUCCAUCAGAGGAGACGAAAACGCUGCACCGACCACCAUAAAAUACAUAAGAACACUGACCAACAAAGGCACCCCAUCGACGUACAAGGCCUCUGUGACGUUGAAAAGUCCGUCAGUGAAGAUUGUCAUUGAGCCACAAACUCUGAGUUUUGCAGAGGCAAAUGAGCAAAAGAGUUAUACAGUGACUUUCAUUGCUUCUCCAAUGCCGUCGGGGACCGAGAGCUUUUCUCGUCUGGAAUGGUCAGACGGGAAACACAUAGUGGGUAGCCCCAUUGCUUUCACCUGGACAUAGACACAGAAGAAUCUCUGCAAAUCCAUUUCCAUGGAAGCUAAAACCUGUCGUCUCCUUAAUAACUUAUUAGCCUGUAUCCCUUCUCCAAGCCCUGCCAAUGUCUUGGCUUGUUCAUCUGUACCUUAUUUUAUUUUUAACCAUAUCAUCAUAUUCAUGAAAGAAAGAACACAAAGGUGGAGAAUUAUUGUACAGUGUUCUUGUUGAUUGGCUUUCUUUUUAAGUUUCUAACUUCAAUCAAGAUUUCUCCCA